AUGGAACGUCCUUGCGACGCUUCGCCAGCAGGCCCAUGGCUUCGCCCAAUGCGCAAGCUGUUGGAGGCAAGAGCAGAUCCGAAUGCAGCUGACCUUUCUGGUGAGCCGCCGCUGAUCGAAGCUGCCUGCUAUGGUGAUCUCGAGGUGUGCCAGCUGUUGUUGGAGGGUCGUGCAGACGCUGCCCAUGAAAGCACAGUGGGCGUAACAGCGCUCGGCCUGGCAGAAUGCGAAGGCCACAGAGAGGUUGCUGAGCUUCUCACCCAGCACUUGCAAUCCACGGGCAAAGAGGACUUUGCAAGCAAGGCUGCUGAAGCGAUCGUGCAAGCUGCUGCGGCAAAUCAGCUGAAGAAGGAAGACCUCUGCCAAGGUGACGGCGAGCAGAGCUUCGAUCAGAAUGUCCCAUCUUCUCCAAGUGCACGACCUUCUGAGGCGGGUGCUGCUACAGACAGAUCUGAGCAGAUCACUGCGAGUCCACCCACGGACCUUGGCGCAGCAGAAGCUGGGCCCUGCUACCGAGAGGCGGCAGAGGAUCAGCUGAAGAAGGAAGACCUAUGCCAAGGUGACGGCGAGCAGAGCUUCGAUCAGAAUGUCCCAUCUUCUCCAAGUGCACGACCUUCUGAGGCGGGUGCUGCUACAGACAGAUCUGAGCAGAUCACUGCGAGUCCACCCACGGACCUUGGCGCAGCAGAAGCUGGGCCCUGCUACCGAGAGGCGGCAGAGGAUCAGCUGAAGAAGGAAGACCUAUGCCAAGGUGACGGCGAGCAGAGCUUCGAUCAGAAUGUCCCAUCUUCUCCAAGUGCACGACCUUCUGAGGCGGGUGCUGCUACGGACAGAUCUGUGCAGAUCACUGUGAGUCCAUCCACAGAUCUUGUGCCGGCAGAAGCGGGGCCGGUGCUUAAGAAGGAGGUGCCUCGGGGACGCACGCCACAGGACAGGUCGACGCCGCCAUCACAGACUCGGUCUGGCAACACAUCUUUCACACCCACGCUUGCAUCGUCCCCUGUGAUCAAGAGCGCAUCGUCGGCGUAUUCAUCCGCUCAUUCAACGCAGAAGUCAACCGAUCCAGCUACAUCUCGGCACACAAGCGCUGCUGCUCAGCCAACUCGUUUGCCACCUCGACCCAACACAGCCACGAAGACACACGAGCCAUUCUUCGUCAAUUCCCGCUACACCUCUACAAGCAAGCCACAUGCAAAGGCAAAGACACAAGCACAAUCCCAGCCAAAGCGCAGACCACCAACUCCAGAGUCAAGCGAUGGCGAGAAUCAGGAGAACGUUGGACCUCGGAUUCGAAAGGCAAUGGAACCUUUCCCGAGCUACAGCGGCGAGAUGCCACCUCCCGAGGCCGAGUCGACAUGGUCCGACCAGGAACUGUACAACUACUUCUUCUCCAGUGGCUUCAUCAAGCCGAAAAAGAAAGCCAGCAAGCCGAAGCCGACUCCGCAGCAGAUGGAGCAGUACUUUCGCACAUUGAACCUCAGGCCUGGAGCCAAAGCAGCGGCGGUAAAGAAAGCCUAUCGACAGCUUGCGCUGCGUUUCCACCCAGACAAGAACCAAGACAGCACCGAAGCAAAGUUGAAAUUUCAAGAGAUCACAGAGGCUUAUGCUGAGGUGUGCAGAGUAUUAGAUGGGAAAGGGAUGAACGAGCAAAAAAGGAUCGGCGAAGUUGCUGCAUCAUCUCUACGAUGCCUGCAAAUGCACAGCUUGUUUUGGUUGAAGAGGGAUGAGACAACUUGA